UCUCUGUGGGCCGACGGUCGCCAUUGUGCGCCGCGCGCUGGGUGAGUGUGGCGCGAAAUCUGCUCUCGUCGGGGGCUGUGCAGAGACGUCCCGAGAACACUUUUCGGAGUGUAUGGACUCAACCCCUUCCCCGCCAAGCUCUGGAGCCCAAGGACGGUCUUGCCUGCCGUCUUCAGGCAGCGGGCCAGGAAGGGGCGGUGUGGUCGGGGACCCGGGGCCCAAAGGGCAGACAGCUCCCUUCGGGCGGUGGCUUAAGGUGGGCUGACCCGUUCCGUGCGCGUGCGGACUAGGGAAGGGAGUAACUCCCUCUGGAUAAGAAAGAUAUGAGGACGGUCACCUCUCGACUAGGAGGAAACCGAUUCUCCAGGCGUCGGGGAAUAGGUGGAGACGACCCCUCCAGCUCGUUUUUGUAGAUGGCGGGUAGACCUGUCAUUUCACGACUGUCUACUCCCACGAGAUACGUCGAGGAGGAGGAAGGUAUGGCCUCCGGGCUUCCGACGGCCUGGUUUCCUGAACCAGUGACCUUUGAAGAUGUGACCCUGGGUUUUACUUCAGACGAAUGGGGACUGCUGGACCUCGAAAAGAAGUCCCUGUACAGGGAGGUGAUGCUGGAGAACUACAGGAACCUGGUCUCAGUGGAACAUCAGCUUUCCAAGCCAGAUGUGGUAUCUCAGUUAGAGGAGGAGGAAGCGCUCUGGUCGGUGGAGAGAGGAAUUCCUCAAGACACCCUUUCAGGUGAGAUCCAGGCCCAUGGGAGUGCUGGCAGGGUAUGGGCUGGUUAGUCAGGGACUGGUGUCUUAGAAAACACGGUGCCGGGAAACCCCCAGAUGGGGCGCUGUGAUGAGUAGCUCAGACACGCUGAAUCAAACUGUUCUCCUCUGGUCCAAGUCAUACUGUUUGGCUGAAUGAGAACUUGCUACCAGUGGCCAGUUGACUCUUAAGGCCUCCCUUUCCUCUACUACCCUUCCAUCAUGUGAUCACCAGUAACUGGCCAGACUUUAUUUUUUUUUUUAUAGAUGCUUUCAUGUAUGUAUAUGAAUAUAUAUAGUUUAUGACUCAGGGGUGUUCUAAUGGAUACAAACAGGACUGUUGUAUCCAUUUUAACAGAUGCUAUGUAAUCCACAUUUGACGUUUCCUCUUGAUAGUCCUUCAAGUUGUUGCAGAAAACAUUGUUGCAUUCUUUUUUUUUUUGUAUAUUCAAGUUGGAUUUUGUUUUGUUUUUUGCAGGUAGGAUUUCUUGAAAUAGAACUUUAGAAUCAAGAUAGAAGCUAAAAAUCUGGUAGCAACAGAUUGCUCUUUAAAAAAUACACAUAGUUCCUCCGUUACAUGAAAGUUCCUUUUUCUCUUCAUUGCCAUUGAUUUUUAAGGAUAUUUUUCAAGGUUGGCAGAUCUGAUAGUAUGUUCAGUUCAUAUACUUUCCAUGUUUUUCUUUUUCUUUCUUGGAACUCUAUUAAUUAUGGGUAUGGAUAUUACAGAUAUCCCAAACCAACAUUUAUCUUCUACCUUUAUAUUUAGUUUACAUAAAGAAGUUAUAUGAUUUAGGUAUUUUUCCUUUCAAAUCUGUUUUUAUUCCU